AUGAAAAUUCAAUUAAUUUUAAUUCUUUGUUUAUUUUAUUUUAUAAAAUUAAAUAAUUCACAAGCCACUAUUUUUGAUACAUACACAUGGACAGGUGAUGUUGGUAAUUAUUCGAUUGUACUAACUGGUACGGGUUUUUCAACAGAGGAUAAUUUUGUGAAUGUUAACGGUAUAGCUUCAAUUUGUUCAAGACCAACAAUUGUUGGUACAUAUCAAAGACUUGUUUGUCCUCCAUCAACAAUCAAUACAAAUGUAGUAGAAGGAGGAGAUUUAGUAGUUUUUAUGAGAACUUAUAUUGGUGGUCCAAAUUCGAAUACUCAAAAUUGGAAAUUAUUUAAAAAAAUAACUGUUACUUUAAAUGAUGUUAUAACAGCAGGUGGCCCAGUAACACUUAAUGGACAAUUUUUAAAUGUUGAUACAUCUCUAAGAGUUAAAAUUCAAGAUGUAGAUUGCCAAGUUUUAAGUGUAACACCUACUCAACUCCGAUUUAUUAGUCCACAGAAAUCUUCAAGUGGUUCAAAUACGUUUAGUUUAAUUGUUGGUGGUUUUGAAUAUACAGCAAAUAUUAAUUAUGUUUAUGGCACUGCACCAAUUUUUGAUAACAAAUAUUCAUGGAAAACAGUUGAUGGUAAAAGUGUAUUGGCUCUUAGUGGUAAAUAUUUUUCACAAUUUUCAAACAAUAUUAUAAAUGUUAAUGGUAAUGAAUACACCGCAAGUAUUACAAAUGCAGCAUUUGGUACUCAAACUUCCAUUAGUCUUUUAAGUGAUGUUCCAACAAAUUCAAUAGCUGUAGGAGCAUCAUUCCAGGUUUCAGUUAAAGUUGGAGGACAAUCAUCAGAUACUAAAAGUUUUAACUUUUUUAAACCUUCGGUUACUAAAACAACUUCAUUAUUAGAUAUUGGUGGUGUUGCAGUUUUCGAAGGUACAUUUGGUAUGGGUGAAGUUUCUUCUAUUAGGUCAUUAACUAUUGGUUCAAUAACACCAGUUAUACAAACUUUAAAUACGACAGCUAUUAAAUUCCAAUAUUCCAGUCAAAAUGCUGGUACAUAUAAUAUGAUUUUAAAUAUGGGAGGUUGUGAAUCAAUUACAUCUAUAACAUAUUCAACCACACCUGCACCAAUUAUUAGUAAAUAUACAUGGCAACAAUCUAGUAAUAUUUUAAAUUUAUUUGGUCAAUGGUUUGGUUAUUAUGUUUCAAAUUUGGUUUAUAUUAAUAAUGGUAAUGCUAAUACAAUUCAAACAGCUACUCUUUCUUCUGGAUAUGAUGUUCUUUCUUUAUCACCAUCUGUUUUACCUUCAAUUGGUGAUUCAUUUACUGUUAAAGUUACAGUUAAUGGUAGAUCAACAACAUCAAAUUUUGUUUAUAUUCAAUCGGUUUCAAUGACAACUCAAUCAUUAAUUAAAACGGGUGGUAUUGCAACAUUUACAGGUUUAUACACUGUUUCAAAUCCAAAUGUUGUAUCACUUAAAAUUGAUGGUACUCAAUGCCAAAUAUCAGUAAUAUCACCAAAUUCUAUUAAAUUUAAAUACCCUUCAAAAGCUAUUGGUCAAUAUUCACUUUUAAUUAAUAUUGGUGGUUUUGAAUAUACUACAACAGUUCAAUAUAUAGAUCCACCAACACCAACACUUUCAAAUUCUUAUAGAUGGUCUAAUACAGGAGAAUUAAUUUUCACUGGUACUGGAAUAAGUUAUGUAAAUCAAAAUCAAUUAAUUAUUAAUGGCGUUCCCUAUGAUGCUACUCUUGCAGUUGAUUCUCAAGUACCAGGUUUUGAUGAUAUUACAUUUACAUCUUCAUCAUUACCAACAACAUUAUUACAAGAAGACCAAUUGUUUACUGUUCAAGUUUCAACAAAUGGUUUGGUUUCAAACAUAGUAACUUUUAACUUUAUAAAAAAGAUUAUAAUGAAUGUUACUGAUAUCUAUAGUAUUUCUGGAUAUAAAGGUAGUGCUUAUACAAAUUUCACUGGUACAUUUGGUACAUCAAAUACAUCGAUCGUAUCAUUAACUAUUGAUAAUGUUCCAUGCACAAUUUAUUCAAUUUCACCAACAUCAAUUGUUUUUUCAAAUAAUUUUAAUAUUAAUUUAGGAAAUUGUAUUUUAUUAUUAAACAUUGGAGGAUUAGUUUAUUCAACAUCAAUCAAUGUUGUUGUGGUACCAAAUCCAAAACUUUUAACAACUUAUAAUUGGAUUUCAAAUGAUAAUAUGGUAUUUUAUGGUUCAACAUUUUGUCAUAAUGCAGAAAAUAUAGCUAAUAUUAAUGGUGUAGGGUAUGGAACAUCAUACGCCUAUUCAAUCAAUGGUAUUGAUCAAAUUUAUUUUGAUGUUAACCUUUUAAUUUCAUCAUUAACCAUUGGUCAACCAUUCACUGUUAAAGUUCAUUCUGGUGUUGGAUAUUCAAAUUUAGUUUCGUUUUUAUAUAUAAAAUCAAUUUCAAUCAAUACUGUUGGUAUUUAUAAUAUUGAUGGACUUGGAAGUUUAUCUACAAUUUUUUAUGGCUCAUUUAGUACAUCAGAUAGUAAUUUUGUUUCAUUAUAUAUUGGAGAAGUUGAAUGCACUAUUAAUUCAAUUAGUCCAACUUUAAUAAAUUUUUCACACACUUCAAAUUUUAAAUUAGGUUCAAAUGAUUUACAUAUAAAUAUUGGAGGAUUUGAAUAUACUACAACAGUUUAUGUUAUGUCUGCACCAACCCCAAUACUUUUAAAUAGUUAUUAUUGGUCAGAGGAUGAUAAUUUAAUAUUAAAAGGUUCAACAUUUAAUUAUAAAUCACAAAAUAAAGUUAAUAUUAAUAGUGUUGAUUUUAAUUCACCACCAGCUUUUUCAAAUAAUAGUAUUGAUCAAAUUAAAUUUAAUGAUAAUUCAACAACUUCAUCAUUAACCAUCGGUCAAUCAUUCACAGUUUAUGUUAAUAAUGGUUUUGAAAAUUCAAAUUCAAUAACAUUUAUAUAUUUAAAAUCAAUUUCAAUUAAUACCCAAAGUUUAAAUAAUACUGGUGGUGAUGCUACAUUCUCUGGUGAUUUUUAUGUUUCAGAUACAUCUUUGGUUUCACUUUUAAUUGAUAAUGUUGACGUUCAAGUUACUCAUAUCUCUCCAAAUAAUAUUUCAUUCCAAUAUCCUGCAAAAUCUAAUGGUGAAUAUAAUUUGUUUAUAAAUAUUGGUGGAUUUGAAUAUUUAACAACUCUACAAUAUGUUACAAAACCAACCCCAUCUCCUUCACAAACAUCAGAUUCUCAAACAACCGGAUCUCAAACAGCUGGAACUCAAACAACAGGUACCCAAACAACAACCACCCAAACAACGGGUACCCAAACAACAGGUACUCAAACAACAGGUACCCAAACAACAGGUACCCAAACAACAGGUACUCAAACCACAGGUACUCAAACCACAGGUACCCAAACCACAGGUAUUCAAACAACAGGUACCCAAACAACAGGCACACAAACAUCUAGCAAACCAGAUGAACCAUCUGAUGAAGAACACUUAUCAGUUUCUUUUAAAUUACCAAUUUCGUUUAUUUUAACACAAUUCUCAUUGUUUUUAUUAUUAUUGUUAUUAUUAUAG